AUGCCGCGCGUCCUGAUCCGAGGGUUUCGGGCCGCGACACUGGCCAAGGUCCUCGUCCUGGUCGUCGUGGGUGCGGUCCUCAUCUACCAGUGGCCGGUCGAGCGGCAGCUGCUGACCAUCGACGACGAUGCCCUCACCGACCUGUACUCGUCGACGCUGGCGCAGGUCUCCGCCGAGCACGAGAAGAUCCGCAUGCGCAUCAUCAACGAUGCAGGCUACGACCCCGAGCGAGCCGCGCGCGACCUCCUCGCCCCGCCCAAGUUUCCGAAGGGCAACUACACCCUCUCGCCCAGUUCGGAAGAGUACGUGAAGCGUCUCCAGUGGCAGCUGCAGGUCGCGAUGACCGACUCGCCGUAUCUCCGUGAGCUCCGCGCGACUGUCGAGAAGGUCGCGACGCAUCAGCACCCCCUCAUCGGCCGCUUCCCGCCAAACCUCAUCUCGACCGACAAGCUCGCAGGUUCAGGCAUCCCGGACCUGUUCCGUAUGUGGGCUGCCCUACUUCCCCUGCCGCUGGACGAGAGUCUGGCCGACCUCCUCCCCGAGGCGGAGUGGGCGGCGCCUGCUCGAGACGGCGCAGUGUGGAAAGUCGACGUCGCGGACGACCACCGUAUCAACGCGCAGAUGUCGAAGUGGAUUGGCGAGAGCAACAUCAUGUAUAGCAACGGUCCGUGGCCGACCAAGUGGAAGAAAAUGUCCGCGGCGCUGCGAGCGGAUAUCUACAGCAUGCUUUUCGAGGGAGGCGUGUAUGCGGACUCGGACACAUCGCCGAUAGCGCACCCGUAUUUGUGGGGUAUCGAGGCGCGCUCUGUGCUUCAUCCGGACCUGGAAGUCGUCGAGAGAAUUCUCAAGUCGCACGAGGCGGCCGACGCUAGCCACCGGAGAGUAUGGGAGAAGCGGUCACCUGUCGGGAAGGAGGAGAGGGCCGAGGGCGACAAGGCCGCAGACGGCAAGGAUACUGAGACUAAGGCCAAGGACGCCGGCAAGGAGAAGAAGGAGGUGAAGGAGGAAGUUAAGAAGGAGGAGCCGAAGCCGAAGGAGAAGGAGAAGAAGGCUGAAGACUGCGACGACAAGGACGCGGACGGCAAGUGUGCGCCGCCGAAGAAGUCAACACUGCCCAAGGGCCAGAAGCACAUUCCGGUCUACCACGGCCACCGGCGGACAGACGCGCGUGGACCGCCGUACGACCAGACCUCGCUGUUGAGCCCGGACAUCAAUGUCGUUGUGUCCAUUGCGUGGGACUCGGAGAGCACGAUCAAGCUGCGGCGGUGGACGCAGUGGUCGUUCGGACUCCUGAAGGACUCGGCGCGGCAGAGCGACUACGGCCGCAGUCUUCAGUUUGAGCGCUACGUGAUUGCUCCUUUCCAUCCGAUCUUCCUCGACACCGUGACGACGAUCGUGGACAUGGUGGACGCGGAGGGCGCGAGCGAGAACGAGCGGCUCGACGCGCUGUCUCUCAGCGGCACGGGCGUCUUUUCGGACGCAGUGCUGCGAUACCUCCUCGUGCGCUACGGCGUGACGCCGGACAAGCUGCGCGGUAUCCGCGGCCCUGUUCGCGUCGGCGACGUGCUCAUCCUGCAGGAGGGUGCGUUCCAGGCGCCCGAGUUCGCCAUCGACCGCAUGAUCGAGUACAUCCGGCAGUACUUCCCCAUGCUCCCCGGCUCGGGAUCGGUCAAGUACAUCCCCGGCGAGAACCUCUGGUACUGGGGGGCGGGGUACGAGACGUGGAAGACUGGCGGACGGCAGCUCGUCUUCCACGGUAUUUCCGAUAGGGACGACGUCGACAAGCAGGAGACCGAGUGGGAGGAGGAGGAGUAG